AUGGAAAAUACGGUAGACGAGAAGAGGCCAUUGACUGCAGAAACACGUGUUUACGGCCGACGAUAUUGGAUAUUGACCGUCUUUUGUAUGACUUGCUGUGUGCAGUCUAUGAUAUGGAACACGUGGGGGCCUGUUGCCGAAUCUUCGGAAAUAGUUUUCGGCUGGGCCGAUGGCAACGUGGCGCUUGUUGCGAACUUAGCCAACAUUAGUUACAUGUUUCUUGUAAUUCCAAUGUGCAUGAUGAUGGAUACCAAGGGAUUACGUUUUUCAAUGAUUCUGUGUACAGGAAUGCUAGUAUUUUGUUCCGUAAUUCGUUGCUUCUCCCUUGAACCAGUAACUGCUACUGUAACGGCAUAUGUAUGCGGAUUAAUCCAAGGUAUUGCGGCUACAAUGCCGUUUUCAGGCCCUCCUCUUGUAGCAGCUGUGUGGUUUCCCCCAGCGGAGAGACCGGUAGCAACAGCAAUUGGUUCAUUUUUCAACUACAUGGGAGUAUCCUUAUCGUUCAUUAUAGGCCCACAGCUCGUGCCCGAUCCAGUGUACCAGGACCACGUGCAGAACAGUACCAAUACAUCAGUUACAAACGUGACAGAUUCCGUUGAACAUAAAAUUCAUCCUGAUAAAAAUGAAGUUGUGAACAUGGGAAGUUUGAGACAAGGCAUAUUGAAUCUUUUGUAUACACACAGCGCAUUUGCCGGACUGGCUUUCAUUUUAACGAUAACUUAUUUCCCAUCUAAACCACCACAUCCACCUAGCAUAACGGCGUCAAUCCAGAGAACGGACUAUAAACAAGCUUUGAUCAAAAUUUUGCGCAACGGCUCUUUAUGGCUGAUCGUACUGGCAGGUGGAAUUCCUAUAGGAGUUAUUGGUGUAUGGAUAGCCAUUCUGGACGUAGUUCUUAAACCUCUCGGUGUGACACAAAUCGACGCUGGGUGGAUGGGAUUUUGGCAUACGUUAAUAGGUUGUUUUUCUGGUAUUUUUAUAGCAAAAUUUUCUGACCUUUUCAACCGUAGACGGAAACUAUUCCUUAUAUCACUUUUCACGUGCGCCAUGGUGUGCAGUAUUUGGUUUGCCUUGCUCUGCACUAGUGUGAUAGUGUAUGACCUGAAAUCUUUGUACGCAUCUUGUAUAUUAUUAGGGAUUUUUAUCAACGGAACAACUCCCUUGUUUUACGAGAUCUGCGCAGAAGCAUCGUAUCCUGUAGCAGAGGGCGUCACGGGAGGGUUUUAUACAUUGGUUGAUAAUGUGGGCGGAGUUAUCUUCUUGUCCCUAGUGUCAGUGCCAAAUAUUGGAACAGAAUGGAUGAACUGGACUGUAUUAGGAUCUUUAGUUGUAGCCAUUCCGAUGUUGUUCGUGUUUCCAGAGCGCUACAAGAGGACGGACAUCGACUUAAAUCGUGAUGUUGAAAUACAUUCUAGUUAA